CACUACACAUUUCAGAGAUGUGUGAGUGGUCGGCGUGUCGUGUUCGUGUCGCGUAGGAGCGCGCGUUAAUAUCGCAUAUUAAAUAAAAAACACUUGGCUGUGAAAAUGAGUACGAUCACCCAAUUACCAAAUUUUACCACCUAUCUAAGCAGCAUGUCCGUGCUUAAGCCACUUCGAUUUCGCACUUCGUACUUCGUACUCUUGGCGAUCUCUUUGAUCGGUUUGUUUAGUUUUACCACAAUGAUUUUUCUGCCCGAUCUUAGAGAGACGGGAGCGGGACGCGUGUACAAAGUGUACGACGAUUUUAAAAAGGCAGGUCCGGACUUGCUGUUGCCGCCACCUCCGAGGCUCGAAAACGGGCCUUUUAAACGUGCCGAUCAUGUAGUGGGAAACGAAGACGUUCACGUCAUUGGAGACAGGGCCAAACUGAAAGAGAAGAUAGAAAGGGAUUUUCCGUUAAACGUGUUAGAGGAACCUUUGGUGGAUGUUGGCAAGAAAUCCGGUACUACCGAAUCGGGGAAGAAAAUUGCACAAGACAGCGGUGAUGUCGCAGUACCAGUGUCGAAAAGAGAGACCUAUUCGAUCGCAAAUGGAAGUGCAGACAAGUUUUCAGAAACGAGACAAAAACAAGAAAAAGUGAAGGAGAUGAUGAAACAUGCUUGGGAUGGAUACGUAAAAUAUGCUUGGGGUUCUAAUGAACUGCAACCAAUUACGAAACGUGGACAUACCAGUAGUAUAUUUGGAGGACUUAAAGGAGCCACUAUUGUUGAUGCUAUGGACACUUUGUACAUAAUGAAUCUCACCGAAGAGUUCAAUCUGGGUAGAGAAUGGAUUAAAUUUAAUCUAGACGCCGAACCAACAAACCUAGAAGUGUCCGUUUUCGAAGUUACGAUACGGUAUCUCGGCGGUCUCUUGACGUGUUACUCAUUUACAGGGGAUAUCCUGUUUCGUGAUAAAGCUACCGCGAUUGCAGACAGACUUCUGCCAGCCUUUGACACGACUACUGGUAUACCUUAUGCAUUAGUCAACUUGAAUACAGGUAAAAGUAGGAAUUAUGGUUGGGCCAGUGGUGGGUGCAGUAUUUUAUCUGAAUUCGGAUCGCUCUAUUUGGAGUUCUUCUAUCUAAGCGAAAUCACUGGUAAAUCAAUUUACAAAGAAAAAGUUGAACAUAUCCUAAACUUACUAGACGAUAUCGAUAAAAUUGAUGGAUUGUAUCCGAAUUAUCUUAAUCCACUUACGAGAAAAUGGGGAUCACAACACGUAUCUAUAGGAUCAUUAGGUGACAGUUAUUAUGAAUAUCUAUUGAAAAUAUGGAUCCAGUCCAAUAAAAAAAAUACUAAAGCAAAGAGAAUGUUUGAAGAUGCGAUGGACGCAAUUUUGGACAAAAUGUUAUUUGUUUCGCCUGAAGGUUUGGUGCACUUUUCCGAGUUGCGGAGUGGCAAACCAGAACAUAAAAUGGAACAUUUGGCAUGUUUUUCAGGAGGUUUGCUUGGUUUGGCAGCACACACAUUAAAUACACAAGAAUCACAACGAUACAUGUCCGUUGGAAAAGACAUAACCCAUACUUGUCACGAAUCAUAUGACAGAACUAAAGUAAAAUUAGGGCCCGAGGGAUUUCGAUUUCGUAACGGCAUGGAGGCUAAAACCGAGUUGAGAAACGAAAAAGUGUACAUUCUUCGACCAGAAGUUAUCGAAUCAUAUUUUUACAUGUACAGAUUGACCAAAGAACAAAAAUAUCGCGACUGGGGCUGGGAAGCAGUCCUUGCUCUAGAAAAACAUUGUAGAGUACAAACAGGUGGUUACACAGGACUUUCAGAUGUCUACGAUGAAAAUUCUAGAAGAGAUGAUGUUCAACAGAGCUUUUUCUUGGCUGAAACACUUAAGUACUUGUACUUAUUAUUUUCUGAUGAUGAUGUAAUACCUCUUGAAAAAUGGGUAUUUAAUACAGAGGCACAUCCUUUACCUAUCAAAGAGAUUAAUUCGUUUUAUCGACCGAAAAGUGAGACGAAUUGAAGAUUUUAACAUUCCAAAGAUGGUGACUGCAAUACCGUUGUUAUUUUUUUAGAGUUUAUUUGUGUUCUAAUGACAAAUGUGAUGUAAUCUAAUUUUGUACCUUAUUAGUUAAAUGAUAUUUGUAAAAUAUAUUACCUUAAUUGCAUAUUUCUUAUGGAAGAUUUUGUAAAUACAUAAUUUGUAAAGAAAUAUAUUGUAAUUAAAUAUUUUAAAAAGU